GCAUCAGACCGCAGGCUUGUCUCCAUACUUGUUUUGCUAGAUCUCAGUGCUCACUGUAAAAAAUGUCCGUAGAAUUAACUGUGAUUUUUUGUAAAAUCAUGACAUAAAAAAACUGUAAAUACAAAAACAAUGAAGCAGUGUAUAAUUUACAUAAAGAUGUUGUAAAACUACAAACCAAACACAACUGUUGAUUUGACAGUAAAAAUAUGUUAAAAAGAUCAUAUUUUUUUGGAGAAUUCACAAAUUACUGUAGUUUAAACACAUAUAAACUGUAAAACAAAAAACAUUGUGAUACAGUUAAAAUUACAUCAUAUCAAUGUUUGAAUAACAUUUUUUGUCAGUAGGUUCUCUGGAACAUUUUGUACCAGAGAACCUAUGUACCAGAGCUAUUUAUUAAUAGAAAUAAUUAAAAAAGUGCAUUAGGCUACAUAUUACAAAUUUGAAAAACAACAACAAACAAUAGCCUAAUUUUUGAAUCAAAAUUGCUGUAAAUCAGUUGUAAAUUCUGUAACUUAAAGUUUGUUUUUUCCGAUACAGAAUUGUGUCAUUCACUUCUGAAUACUGCCCUAUGUUAAUUUUAGGUGCCAUUAAUCCUUUUUAUUUUUGAAUUUUACAUUCCCGCAAAACAAACGGCUGUAUUUGCACUUCAAACUUGAUGAGCACAUUCUUUGUCUCAUUGGACAGUAGUGGAGUUUUUUUUCUGUUCAUCUUAACAUCUAUCAAAAGCAUCUGUAUCACGGAGCUGUGAAAGCAUCUGGUGUUCAGGUAAGCUAACAAUUCUCAACUUUAAAUGCAUGGUGUGUGUGAUAAGAAAAAACAGCUAGUUUCUGUCUGUGAGAGAUAUUUUUUUAGUUUAACAUUAGUUAAAAUGGCAAUGUUGAGUAAGAAAAUGUUGAAGAAAGGUGACAAAAUCGGUUAUUAAGUAUUUUAUUUUUUUUCCGUCAACAAAAAUAGUUCCUCCGCAUUCAACCUGUAGUCAUGACAACGCAGCAAAGCCCAACCAACACAAACGCUGAUUGAUGCGGAGUAAUACAAGCAGUCGUAUUCCAAUAUCGGUUUGAAUGUCUCUUGGCGCGGAAAGAUAUCGUUAGCUAACUACAGUGAGGUGACAGUUGAGUUUUACUCAUUUUAUCCUGUUGUGAAGCGGUGGUAAGUUUUACAUGUGACUAUUUGGUCGCAGCUUUACCUUACUUUACUUUAAUUUCGCGCUAGUUCCAUGCUAUUGUAAAGCGACUGUAAGCUGACAAUUAAUUCUCAACUUUAUAUGCAUGGUGUGUGAAAAGAAAAAAUAGCUAGUUUCUGUCUGUGAGAGAUAUUUUUCUUGUAUAUCACAGUUUAACAUGAGUUAAAAUGGCGAUGUUGAGUAAGAAAAUGUUGAAGAAAGGUAACAAAAUCGAUUAUUAAGUAUUUAUUUUUUCUCCAUUCAAACUGUAUUUAUGACAACGUAGCAAAGCCCAACCAACACAAACGCUAGUAAUACGCGCAGUUGUACCGUAUUUUCCGGACUAUAAGUCGCUGGUUUUUUUCCCAUGCCUUGAACUCUGCGACCUAAACAACGAUGCGGCUGAUCUAUAGAUCUUUACGGGCUGACAGAACGGUGAUGCGAAGAGGAAGAUGCUAGUUUUAAGCGUAACUUUUCAGUCAUUCUGCGCGUCAUGCACACACCCUCAUCAUGUAAAACACUCGAAGAAAUGCAUAUGAUGCAGCUUUUAAGUUAAAAGCAAUUGAGCUGUCUGUCCAAGAAGAAAAUAGAGCUGCUGCACGUAAGCUUGGCGCAAAUGAAUCAAUGGUGAGACGUUGGAGACAGCAGCCUGAAGAACUGACGCAAUGCAAAAAGACGACAAAAGCUUUCAGAAGUAAUAAAAGCAGAUGGGCCGAACUUGAAAACGUAUGUCAUGUUACAAUGUGGACACCUGCGGCUGUCAAGUGCGUAAAUUUGGUGCGUUCGGUUUAUAAUCAGCUGCGUUCUGUAGUCCGGAAAAUACGGUACUCCAAUAUCAGUUUGAAUGUCUCUUGUCGCGGAAAGAUACCGCUAGCUAACUACAGUGAGGUGACCGUUAAGUCCUGCUCAUUUUAUCCUGUGGUGAAGUGGUGGUAAGUUUUACAUGUGACUGCUUGGUCGCAGCUAUACCUUACUUUACUUUAAUUUCGCGCUCUUUCCAUGCUAUUGUGAAGCGAUUGUUUACAUAUAACUACUUGGUCGCAACUAACUUAUAUCGUUAACGUUACAUUACUGUGCAUUCGCGCUGGUGUACAUGUAAUUACUUGGUUGCAGCUAAGUUAUACAUUAAGUUACUGUGAAUUCGCGCUUUUUAUGUGCCGCUGUGAAGGGUGCAAGCUUGCUAAAAUGUUAACCUGCCAUUUCUGCAGCAAAAAAUUGGAAACCUUGAGGGGUUACGUACUGCAUUGUAAAGUCCAUAGGAACGAACCCCAUCCGUUUUUCAGAUGUGUUGGCACCGACUGUAAGCGGACUUUUUGCACUUAUGCCGCUUUUAAAGGUCAUUUCUAUCGUGUUCACAAUGCUCCUGAACCCUCCAUUACUGCUGGGGCCGUUGUUACAGAUUUUAAGUGUGCUGUUUCGCUGUGUGAGUGCAAAUUUGACACAGUCAAAGAGCUUAUUUCCCACUUAAAAAAACAUAUAACUGAGGGGCAAACUGUGCCAUGUCCAAUAACAGGUUGUGAAAAUGCAUUCACUGUCAAAUCAUCAUUUACUGCUCAUAUGUCACGAAAACACAGAAAAUGUUCAGUGGAUAGUGUAAGUGACAAGUACAGGGAACAUGUUUCUCAGCCCUCUGCUGUCAGUGCAUGUGAAGAUGUCCCACAGAGCUCAAAUGAUGCAACAGCAAAUGAAAGCAGUGAAUUGCCACAGGAUUUCAAUGAGACCUUUCUCAGGAAUGUCUGUUUGUUCUACCUAAAAUUGCAAGGGCAGCUCCUUCUUCCAGCUUCAACAAUACAGACAAUCGUUGAAGAGAUGCAAAAUAUGCAUGAUUUGGGACAGGAUUACACUUUAAGUAAAUUACAUUCACUUUUAAAAAAUGACCUGUCUCUAACUGAUGAUGUUGUUGCUAAAAUCUGCCAUUGUGUGAAGGAGUCAGAUCUGUUCUCUGCCUCUCACCAGGGGCCACUAAGAACAACAUACUCAAGGACUCACACUUUUCAAAAAAUGUUCAAAUACAUAGAGCCUAAAAAAGUAAAAUUAGGAAACAAUGAAAAUAUGACAGAAAGGUUUGCUUACUACAUACCUGUAACACAAACUUUAAACACCUUACUAGAAUCAGAUUUCUGGAAGAAUUCAGUGUCACAGCAGUCUUGUGAAACACAAUCAGAUGACCUUUGUGACAUAAGUGAUGGUCAAAACUUUAAGUCCAACCAGUUUUUCAUUCAAAAUCCAGGAUGCUUGAAGCUAAUUCUCUACCAGGACGCCUUUGAAAUUGUGAAUCCCCUUGGCACAGCUAAGAAAAAACACAAAGUUGUUGCUGUCUAUCUUUCUUUGGCAAAUUUGCCUGCACAUGUGCGAUCCAGUACAGAUCACAUGUCCCUUGUCCUAUUGUGUGGAGAGAAUGACCUAAAACAGUUUGGAAGUGCUAAAGUUUUCUCAGAGAUGCUCGAAGAUUUAAAAAAUCUGGAGGAAAAUGGAAUAACUGUCGAUGGUGAAACAGUCAAAGGGGCUCUGUAUUGUAUUGCAGGAGAUAAUUUGGGGUCACAUAGCAUUGGUGGGUUCAUUGAAAACUUUAGUCAUUCUGUGUACUUUUGCAGAUACUGUGAAAUCACAAGAACUGAGUUUGAGAAUGAUCCAAAUUUUUGUGGUCCACAGCGCACCCCUGAAAGUUAUGAUUUUGCAGUACUACAAGCUGAAGACAUACACAGCAGCAAAGGUGUAAAGGUAAAUUCUGUUUUCAAUGCACUUCAGUCUUUUCAUGUUUGCCAGCCUGGUCUGCCACCUUGUUUAGGCCACGACAUAUUUGAGGGUGUGUUAUCAUAUGACAUGGCGCUGUACUUGAAGUAUUUCAUUAAGAAACAGAAAUGGCUUACAUAUUCCGUGUUGAACCGAUGCAUCAAGCAGUUCAAAUACAAGGGAACUGAUGCUCUCACAAAGCCAUCUGCUGUCAGUUCUGAGGGGUCCAAGCUUUCAGGUCAAGCUAUCCAGAACUGGAAUUUAUUAAGGUUGCUACCUGUGUUGAUUGGCGACAAAGUCCAAAAUCCAGAAGAUGAUGUGUGGCAGUUAACUCUGCAGCUCAUUGAUAUUGUUGAUUUGAUUUGUGCACAAAAGAUUUCGUUGUCCCAAGUAGCCUAUCUUGAUAUUAUAAUACAAGAAUAUUUGGAAUCAAGAAAGUGUUUAUUUCCUGAGACUACACUAAAACCCAAACACCAUUUCAUGCGUCAUUAUCCAGCACUAAUUUUGAAAUUUGGCCCCUUGAUCAGAGUCUGGACCAUGCGUUUCGAAAGUAAACACAGCUACUUCAAGAGAUGUGCAAGGCAUUUAAAAAACUUUAAAAACCUAUGCCUAAGUUUAUCUGAGAGACAUCAAAUGUUUCAGGCAUAUCUUUCAGCUGGACCAGGCUGCAGUCAGCUUCUGCAAGUCAAAGACAGUUGUACUUUUUAUCCCAGCCUUUACAGUGAUGCAAUCAAACAUGCAGUGAGAGAGUUUAGCUUUUCACAACACAAUACUACUGUUUCCACAGACAUACAGUACAAAGGUACAUCAUAUAAAAAGGGACAUUUCCUUGUGUCAAAAAAUGAUGAGUCCAUCGAGUUUGGAGAACUUGUCAUUAUUUUAAUAAAAAAUGAUGCAGCUGUGUAUUUUGUGGUGUAUAUUCAUAGAGCUGAAUAUCACCCAGAAUACCAUCUGUACUCGGUGACAAAACAGAGUUCAAGGUUGCAAUGUUUUAACAUCAAUGACUUGGUAGAUUUUUACCCGUUACCAUCUUACAUGGUUGAUGGGCACCAAGUCAUUCUGCUGAAACACAGUGUUUUAUCAAGAUAAAAAUGGUCUGGAUGGAGAAAUCAUACACAACUGCACGUUUAAGUUGUAAAAAUGAUAAAGAACUAUUAGAGAAAUACGAAAGUGAUAGUUUUUCCUUCUUAGAAGAACAGAAAGUAUAAAUCCUUACUCGGCCAUACUCAAAGUAGAAGUUCUUAUGUGUAUAUGUACAUUGAUACUUGACUAAUUGUAAAUUCCUUGCAUCUUGAAAAUUCAUUCUUAUUCUAGAAAGGCCUGACAUGGAGCAAACAUUUCUACGAAGCGCUAUAUCUGAGGUCCUGCCUGACCUUUCUGAGGCAAGUAAGGACAUUCUAGAAGAGCACUUACAAUCCCUGGGGGUUGAGACAUCUGAUGACUUCCAGUUCAUCGAGGAAGGAGAUUUGCUGUCAGCGUUGAGGCCCAUUCAGGCCAGAAAACUACUUGCUGCUUGGAAGCUAAGAUGCCUGACUCCUGAAACAAGCAGCUCAUCUGCUGUUGCGUCACCAAGAUCUCCCGUAUCAUCUAUUUCACCCAGAAAUUCAUCUUCAACCUCUUCCGACAACUGCCAAAGCCGUGAUGUAGACUGGGUGGAUAUCUUCAUGGUACCUUGGGAUAAGUUCCCAGAGGAACUUUUGCAGUCGUUAGAGAGAGGGAAACGACCAAAUCCACGAAUGAGGCGCGAGAUGGUCCGAAUCGUGGUCUCUGAGAUGAUGCAACAAAGGUCUUUGUCAGGCUUUUAGUUUGUGGACAGACUUCCUGUUUUAUUUUGGUUGCCCUCACUUCCUUUUCGUGUUCAUUCUUGGUUUCUUUACUCCCUAUGAUUACUUAUUGUUUUCACCUGUGUCUCGUUUGCUCCUCCCCUCAUGUGUAUUUAAGCCAGUCUCUCCCAGUGUGUCUU